GGGAGAGUUCAUUUGCUCACCAUUUGCUAAGUAGAAAACUGAAAUGAGCACCAUUAAGCUGAGCCUGUGUCUUCUGAUCAUGCUGGCUGUUUGUUGCUAUGAAGCUAAUGCUAGCCAGAUCUGUGAACUUGUUGCUCAUGAAACCAUAAGCUUCUUAAUGAAAAGUGAGGAAGAACUGAAGAAGGAACUUGAGAUGUAUAAUGCACCUCCAGCAGCUGUUGAAGCAAAACUGGAAGUGAAGAGAUGUGUAGACCAGAUGAGCAAUGGAGACAGAUUGGUAGUAGCAGAAACACUGGUAUACAUUUUUUUGGAAUGUGGUGUGAAACAAUGGGUAGAAACAUAUUAUCCUGAGAUCGAUUUCUACUACGAUAUGAACUGAUUUUUCCUGUUCAAUGUGAUGGUUUCAAAGUCUUGCACCAAUAAAUUAUUCUCCUUGCAUUUUGCUGUUUGUCUGUUGUUAUCCUAAGUCUCAGGUCUUACAAUGAACAGACUUUGAUAAACAAAACAAACAAAUAAAUGAAUGAAUAAAUAAAUAAAUGACAUUUUCAGUAAUGGUAAUAUGUAAGAGUAAUCUGUAAUGUGUUUGUUCAAACAUCAUCCUGCAUUUCCCUGCAAGUAAGUUCCACAUUUCUGUGGCCACAAAUAAAAGUGAUUAAAGAUGAUGACAAA